UGCAAAGUUAAAAUCACGGAUAGUAUCUCUUAUGCAAACCGUCUCAAAAAUGGGAAAAUAAACGAAAAGAAACGUAGAUUUUUUUUAAAUUAUUUGUGUCACACACAUUUGAUAAAGAUUCUGAAAAGAAAACUUACAGUUACACUUUACAUAGCGUGAUCAAGUAGAGGAAACAAGAUGGCAUUCACAACAAGUUUACCGCCAUCUGUGAUUGCGAAACAGUCAAAAACAGAAGAUGUUUCGGAAGAACCACAGAAAAAGUCUCGUGAGGACUAUAAAAAGAUGAAAGAAUUGGAGGAGGCAAGAAAGGCUGGAACUGUACCAGCUAUGCAGGAUGAAGAGGGAAAGGACAUAAACCCCCAUAUUCCUCAGUAUAUUAUGCAAGUGCCAUGGUAUUUUGGUGAGCAUCGUCCAACAUUGAAGCAUCAGAGGCCCCAACCAGAAAAACAGAGAGAAUACUCCAAGCUGACACAGUGGUUCAAUAAAGGUGUCAAAGAUGGUGCAGUUUCAACAAAAUUUAGAAAAGGAGCGUGUGAAAAUUGUGGAGCAAUGACACAUAAGAAGAAAGACUGUCUGGAGCGUCCAAGAAAAAUUGGUGCCAAGUUUACAGGUGAUAAUUUUGCCCCAGAUGAACAUAUACAGCCUAAUUUAGAGUUUGAUUAUGAGGGUAAGAGAGAUAGAUGGAACGGCUACAAUCCAGACGAACAUCAGAGGAUUUAUGAGGAAUUUGAGAAAAUAGAACAGGCUAAGAGAAUGUUGAAGGAGCAUGAUAUAGAGAAAGAACUGUUAGAAGGGAAUGAAGAUUCUACAGAGAAAACUGAUACACAGACAAAAGAUGACUCUGAUGAUGAAGAUAAGUAUGCCGAUGAUGUGGCUAUGCCAGGUCAGAAGUUUGAAACAAAACAGAGAAUCACUGUGAGAAAUUUGCGUAUCAGAGAAGACACUGCCAAGUAUUUAUACAACUUGGAUGUAAACUCUUCUUACUAUGACCCCAAAACAAGGUCCAUGAGAGACAAUCCAUUCAAGAAUACUGGAAAAGAACAACAGUCUCAGUAUCACGGUGACAAUUUUACAAGAUAUUCUGGGGAUGCACAGAAUUUUGCUAAAAAACAGGUGUUUGCAUGGGAAGCCUAUGAGCAUGGUACAGAUGUACACAUCCAGGCUGACCCCACAAAGCUAGAACUUCUGGCUCGAGAGGUCAAACAACGUAAAGAAGAUACUAAGGUCCAGGCAAAGAACAGCAUUCUAGAGAAAUAUGGUGGAGAAGAGCAUCUAGAGGCGCCACCAAAACAACUACUGAUGGCUCAAACUGAAGAUUAUGUGGAAUAUUCAAGACAUGGAACUGUACUGAAAGGUGCCGAAAAACCUGUGGUGAGGUCAAAAUAUGAGGAGGAUGUUUACACAAAUAACCAUACGAGUGUAUGGGGCUCGUACUGGCAUGCAGGAAGUUGGGGUUACAAGUGUUGUUGUUCUACCAUCAAGGAGUCCUACUGCACAGGUCAGGCAGGCAUAGAUGCUGCACAGGAGAGAAACUUGAUUCCAGUAGUAGAAGAAGAAGAAGAAGUUCCACAAAAAUCCUUAUUAGAACAACACCAGGAGCAGUCAAAAGAAAGGAAAAAGAAGAAAAAGAAGAAGAACAAACAUAAGAAGAAAAAGAAGAGGGAAAGUAGCAGCAGUUCUAGUGAAGAAAGUGAUUUAUCUGAUAGUGAGAUAGAAAGAAGAAAACAGAAAAAAUUAAAGAAGGCUCUGAAGAGAGAAUUAGAAAGUCAGAAGAAAGCAGAGGAGUUGUUGGCUAUGGAUGAGAGAAAGAGACCUUAUAACAGUAUGUUUGAUGCUAAAGCUCCAACAGAGGAGGAAAUGGAAGCAUGGAGGAUGAAACGACGGAGAGAAGAAGAUCCUUUAUCAAACUUUACUUGAACUGAAGUGUAUAUGUGAUUUGUAUUCUAAAUGUGAAUGUUAAUUAAGCCUACCUGAAGCAGAAAGAUGAAAGUUGUGUUGAUCACAAGUUAUGACUGCAAAAAUGUUGUGUGUGUAUGCUUGGAAAAGUUAUUGGCGCGAAGAAAGAUUUGUGAAUUUUUUUAUGAAAUUCAUUAUAAAUGCAAUUGUCCAGCACAUCUGCUGUUUUUGUUGGUGGUUUAAAUUUGAUAAGUCAUAGUAAAUAGUUUUAAAUUGCAUAUCAGUAUCAUACUGCAAGGAAGCAUACACAAUGUUGAUUGGUAACUUUUUAUAAAAGAUCCAAAGGCAAAUACCAAUGUAAUUAAAUUGAAUAUUAUUUAUUAAAAAAAACAAUCUUUGUGUUAAAUAAGACAAGUGGUUUCUAAUACUUUGUGACUGGCACAGUUUACUUUGUGUCAUUUAAGAACAUAAGAUACAGUUGCAGAUUAAUUUAGUUCACAACAAUUGUGCUUUUUGCCCCCUGUAGAGAUGACAUUAAUGUGAUAGAUUUUGCUCUGGUUUGUCAGUAAACCAAUUGGAUUCCAUUCAGUAACAGGAGAAGAUGUGGGUCUGUGGCUGUCAGUCUUUCUGGGGAUGAUAGGCUUUGGUCAGGAGAUGAACUGUAUUGUGUUUUGAAUCAGUUGGUCAAAAGUUUAAAAUGCUUAUUAUCCUACCUGUUACAUAUUACAGCAGGAACCUCUAGCGAAGUGAUUAAGGUCGCUGACCUAAAACCACUUGCCAGUCACCGUUAUGGGUUUGAGCCUUGCUUUGGACUAAGAAUUCUUCAUGUGAGGACACCAUCCAGCUGGCUUACAGAGGGUCGGUCGUUUUUCUCAGGCACCAUGUUAUGAUGGGUCUAGGGUCUUCUUCCACCAUGAAAAGCUGGAUAAUCGCUUAUGAUACUAUUGGUGUGUUUUUAAAUCAAACAUUUUAUUGCAAGCAAAAAUGUUGUAUCCUCCCUAUAAAAUACUGAACUUAUAGAACUAUUUAAUGUUCUUUUUUUAACAAUAAAGAAGCUGACAAAAACAUCUGAAGUGGUUAAACAAGAAUAAAUCCUACAAAGAUGAAUAUUAUCUUAAUUGACUUUGUUGUGUUUAAACCAUUUUUCAUUUUUCCCUAAGUUGUGAAAGUGCAAGGGAAGUAAAUUAUUAGAUAUCCCAUAUAAGUAUUUGCAUUUGAGACAGGAGUUGUCAUUCUAUGCAAAAAUAUCAAUUUCAGUAAUUGCUAUAAGCAAUUGUUUCAUAAUGUUCACAUUUGUAAAAUGAUUUUUACUUAUUUGUUGGACUUGUAAAUCAAUAUCUAGGCUUUAAUGUGUUUCUGUCUUCGAAAAUUUGGAAGUCCAUCUAUAUAUGAUAAAUGCUUGUGUUAAGUAUGUAACUCCUACUUUAUUUUUGGGAUCAAAAUGUAUAAAGUCAAGGUCACAGUUACCUUGAGACUAAAUAAAGCUUCUGAUAAACAACUUUA